CACCGAUGAUGUGUUUCUUUUGUUUGCGUGUGUGAGUGAUGUCUCUGCCAUUGGAACUCAUUUAAGCCGAGAACCGAAAUAGGUUGUACCUUUCAUAAAUCGGCAAAAAUCUCUACAAUCUUCCUUUCUUUACUUGUAAUAUUUAGUCAUAUUCCGUGCACAAACAUUUUAUCCGAUGGCAGACAGAGACACAGAUGAGUUAAACAUCGACAAUGUCAUAAAAAAAUUACUAAAAGUCCGGGGCGAGAAGCCUGGCAUGAAUGUACAGUUAACGGAAAUCGAGAUCAAAGGGCUAUGCUUAAAAUCGCGGGAAAUAUUCUUAUCACAGCCCAUAUUACUUGAAUUGGAAGCCCCUCUAAAAAUAUGCGGUGACAUCCACGGACAGUACUAUGACUUGCUCCGACUCUUUGAAUAUGGAGGCUUCCCGCCCGAGUCCAACUACCUGUUCCUCGGAGACUACGUGGAUCGCGGGAAGCAGUCGCUGGAGACCAUCUGCCUGUUGCUAGCAUACAAGAUCAAAUAUCCAGAGAACUUCUUCUUAUUACGGGGGAACCAUGAGUGUGCUAGCAUUAAUAGGAUUUAUGGAUUCUACGACGAGUGCAAAAGGAGGUAUAACAUUAAGCUAUGGAAAACGUUCACAGACUGCUUCAACUGCUUACCCGUUGCGGCUAUAGUUGACGAGAAGAUCUUCUGUUGCCACGGCGGUCUCUCACCGGACCUGCAGGCCAUGGAGCAGAUCCGGCGGAUCAUGCGGCCCACCGACGUGCCCGACCAGGGGCUGCUGUGCGACCUGCUGUGGUCCGACCCCGACAAGGACACCACGGGCUGGGGCGAGAACGACCGCGGCGUCAGCUUCACGUUCGGCACUGAGGUGGUUGGCAAGUUCCUGUCGAAGCACGAGUUCGACCUGAUCUGCCGCGCGCAUCAAGUGGUCGAGGACGGCUACGAGUUCUUCGCUAAACGGCAACUCGUCACCCUGUUCUCCGCGCCCAACUACUGCGGCGAAUUCGACAACGCGGGUGCACUGAUGUCGGUGGACGAGACGCUGAUGUGCUCGUUCCAGAUCCUGAAGCCGGCCGACAAGCGCAAGCUGUACUCCGGCCUCAACAUGGGCCGCCCCAACACGCCGCCGCGCGCGCAGCCCAAGAACAAGAAGAACUAACCUGUGCGCGCCCGCAUGGACCCUCCCUCCGUGUACUCUGUCGGCAUCCUGCGGCCCUGUGCGCCAAACAACCCUCCAGGGUCGAAACUAUACCUAGACAUUCACAAACAAAUUCACAGGGUGAUCCACCACACCACACGCCACCCUGUACUAUACAGGGUGGCCGACACUACACGCCAUCCUGUAUUUAGUAUACAGGUUGGCCGACAUAACCCUGUAUUAUACAGGGUGACCGACACCCGAGUUAUUUUGUUUGUCAAUGUCUACCCUCUUAGAGAGCGUUCUUCUUAGAUAUAACCUCGGAUGACGAUCCGAUAGUUUAUAAGCGUUAGGCCUAGCCUUCGAGCCUAAGUCUUUUCUAGCGUUGUCUGUCUCUGGGCGUAGUUGAGCCGCCGUCCCGCAGCGACUCAUUCGUAUUUCGAACCUGCACCCGUCAAUAGAGUGCACUCUUCAUUGUAUUUUUUAAUUAUGGACUUUCCAUUCUUUUUUUUUAAUGUUUUUAAAAAUGAAAUUUUAGCAAUCAAGUCUUAUUUACAGUACUGCUGUGUUGAAUGUUCUUUAUUGUGGUCGUCUUAAAGUUCAAUAUUGCUCGCAUUGAUCAACGAUUGCUGGAAAAUUGUGUUCAGCCUUCAGACAUGAGCAUGCGAGCUUGCGAAUCGCCAAUGUUGCCAUCCUUACCAUAUUUAUUUGUCUUGUCUGUGGCGAUUUGCGCUAUGACCUUUUUCUUAACUCUUUUGAAAGAGAUUUUUUUACAAUAUAUUUAUACAGGGUGGCAUGGGAUACGUGAUCAGGUCUUGAAAAUAUUAAUUCGUGUUUUUUUUUUAUUGUUAACGAUUGAAGAUAAUAAAGAAACUGAUUUGUUAAGUUUCUAUUGAAAGGGUAUGAUUUGUUCAUGUUAACUAUCGCUUUGAAUUUGUAGUAUUUGAGUAAAAACUGAUCAAGACUCAUGUCAUCCUGUAUAUCACAUAGCUAAGCCAGUGUCGCGUAGUAAUAAAUUUAUUUAAAAAGCAAAAAGCCCGGGUUCCCUGCGUAAUUUACUAAUGUGGAAGAAUGUCUCGAGAAUACAAAAUAAUAUGUAAUUGUCUGUGCGUAUGACUGCGUAUGUGUGUGUAUUCAAUAUCCAACUAUGUAUGUUAGUGCGAUCAACAUUGACACCGGUAUUCGUUAUUGAACUGACUGACUUCGUUAACCCUUUUACCGCUGAGCACGUCAAUUGACGCGCGCCGCUACACCUCAAUAUCAUUCGUGCAUUCCGACAGGUUCAUGAUGACACGCGUGCCGUUCAAAGGUUUCAUAUUAGUUCCAGUACCUAACAUUUUUUUAACAUGAUCGAACAUGCCUGGGACUGGACCAAGGUCGCGGUCCGGUACGCCCGUCUGUUACUGAUUUUACGUUGAACGUGUUUCAAAGAUACAUUGAUUAACAUGCGUAAAAUCUAAGACAAUUUCGCGCUUUGAAUUUGACAGGUAAACGAGAUGGCGCUGUAUAGCUCCAUACAGUUUGCGAUAACUCUGAUUGUCAAAAGUUGACGUUUGACAAUUGAAUAUUUUGGAUGACAAACUAAGGGGCAUGAUUUUUUCUAUGACCGUAAUAAGAUUCAUAUACUAGCCAUGUCUUAUCCAACCUCGACAUUGACAGAAUCAUCGACACCUUGAUGGAGCCAUAACACGAAAAAUUGAUUGAUAGACUGAUGGAAAACUGUUAUCGUAGCCUAUGAACGCGUUCAAAAGUAGAGAUAUAGAGAUAUCACAUAACAUAAUUAUUUUGUGCGUGUUUUUAACGCAAUCUUCUAUACCUCUGUUAAUUUUUAAAAUGACAAACUAUUAUCAACGGCUUGUUUGUUAGAUUGGACAGACGUUUGUGAAUAACGUCAAAAAAUAAUGUCAUUUUCAGGCAAAACUAAGUCUACUAAGUGGGACUACUUAGUCGCUUGCGAUAAGGACGGUGUGACAGGUUAUUCGUAUGAUACAAGCAACUCUCGUCCUUAUGGUCAAAUCGAAUCAUGAACAAUCGAAAUAAAAAAAUGUUGUUAACCUUAACCUUGACGACCUCGUCAGGAAUGGAAGUAUCACGAUAUGACGUGACGAAUGCCAGUGUGAAUGUUGUAACGCGUCGGUCUGAUCUCUAAUACUAAUCGGAUUAAUGCCCACACAAUGGAGAUUAUUUAGUUAACUAAUGGCGCGAUUACACGCGUCCGCCGUUACAGACGGACGUACAUUGGUCCGGUCUGCAUAUCUCUUUCUCGCUCUCACUUAUAGCUGCGUCCUUAACGGACGUACGACGGACCACGUUCCACACGAUCGGACCGGACCAGGGACGCGGUCCGGUACGCCCGUCUGUUACGGAUUUUAAGUUGAACGUGUCUCUUGAGACGACCGGACCUGUGUAACCGCGCCAUUAUCCGAUAGUAACCGAGAUCAGUAUAUUAAAGAUCGAUGACAGAAAUGUAAUGAUAAUAUUGGAAAUAAUUGAUAAAGUAUAAUAAGUAGUAAGCAUAAAUAAUGUAAACGACGCAUAGUUUGUUGAAGGCAGAACAAACCGUCCCCCGUAUAGUGGUCGGACUUAGCAACUGAUGUAGUGCUUUUAGCAAUACAACUCUUAUACAACCUUAAGCUGUAUAAUUUCAAAUUAUGCUGCAAAAUAAACGUUUUUUUGAGAUAAAACAUUUGUUAAGCCUCUGAGGGUCUUAAUUUGCAUAAUUUGAGAAGGUCAGCUAAAAGUUCAAGAGAACUAAGAAGAAAAAAGUUAAAAGUUAUCCUUUUACUGAUUUGACUUGAGAAUGACUGAUAUCAACGUCAUUGUUAAAAAUAAUAUAAAAUGGAAUGUUUUUUGAAACGGCUUACGUAAGGCUUCAUUAACUGAGGCAUUUUGGAUGAUAAUUAUAUUUACAAAAAAUGUUUGUAAGCAUUAGCUGUGCUUAAACACAAACUUUAUUGUCAAAUUAAUUUUGCGGAAGAUAUGGCGUUUAGAAUGGUUUUAACCCUUUCACCGUCAUUUGCCAUCUAAGACAUCACUCACACACUUUGCCACAGUGAAAGUGUCCAUAUCUUGGUACUGUGGCCAAAACUCUUGACGACUAGGCAUCCUUGACGUUGAAAGGGUUAACCUUAUCCACCGAUUGUGAAGGUUGUAUAAGACGCGCUACAAGCAACUGAAUUUCUUUUAUGCGCUCAAUUCGGGGCUACCUGCGAUUCAUGUAUGAACAAGAACUGUAUAUUAAUUUCGUAAAUAAAACACUUUCCGAAUUAUAA